AUGUCGGAGUCGCCGCCCCCACCGUCAUGGAGUAUCGCUGGCAUGGCCAACAGUGCCGUGCAAUUCUUGCGAUUGCCAGUUCUGGCGUCUUCCGACGUCCUUGGAGAAUAUCUCAGUGAUGUGCCGUUAGACGCUGACCCCUUUUGCAGUGAGCUCAUCUAUCCUCGCAAUGUUCCCGUGGAUGCGCGCACGAAUGUCCCCAAGCCCCAACAGUUUGGAAUCACAGACUACGAAGACCUUCAAAUUCCGACCCCCGACGGAGAGUCGUUACAUGCCCUGUUCAUCCGCCCUUCGCGCAAACGUAUAGGCCAGAAUAUCACCGUGUUGAUGUUCCAUGGAAAUGCCGGAAACAUCGGGCAUCGCAUUCCCAUCGCAAAGGUCCUACAAGAUGUCCUAGGUUGUAACGUCUUGAUGCUGGAAUACCGUGGUUAUGGUCUGUCAACGGGCACACCGGACGAGACGGGCUUGAAAGUCGAUGCUCAGACGGGGCUAGAAUAUAUCCAACAGCGACCGGAAACUAGAGACAGCAAAAUUGUGGUGUAUGGACAGAGCUUGGGUGGAGCCGUGGCGAUCAACUUAGUUGCCAACAAUCAAGGCAAUGGUGCGAUCGCUGGUUUAAUCCUUGAGAACACAUUCUUGAGCAUUCGCAAACUGAUUCCUACGUAUGUUCCUAACCAUAUGACCGAUUACCGACCAAGGCGAUGCUAUCUACGUCUUCCUAAGCAGGGAAGUGCUGACUUGGUUUAUAGGGUCUUCCCUCCUGCUCGUUACCUUGCCCGUUUCUGCCACCAGUACUGGACCAGCGAGGACAUCCUGCCGAAGAUUACACAGGUCCCAAUUCUCUUCCUGAGUGGGCUGAAGGACGAGAUAGUCCCGUGA